CCGUGAUUACAACCAUCAGCUGAUGUAGUUAUUCUAUGUCUCAUUCGUAAACAGUUUUGUUUUAUCGGUCUUUUUCUUUUGAUUCUGGGAAAGCUUUUCAUACUGUCCGGUUCGUUGAUAUUUAAUAACUAACGAUAUUCUUGCUCUGUUGGCACUGCCAUUCGCUCUCUGUUUAGUUAAUUUAUUUAAAGAAAUAUGUCUGAUUCGGAUGAUUGUGAUUGGUUUGACAAGGACGAGGAUGCCUUAAUGAGAGAUUUUGAAAGGAAUAUGAAAGCCAAAGAAGCAGAACGUAUGGAGGAACAUAUCAAAGUGCCAACAAAUACUUUGGAUAACUACAUAAAAGAGUUAACAUUAAAGGCCUCCUCAUCCCACACAAAAAAGAGCGGUAAUGCGAACAAGAAGAAAUGCAAUAUUGCAGAACUGCGAAAGAUUAAUGCCUUGUCACCGCUGGAUCAGUUUCUUUAUACACACACAAUGGAAUAUGACUUUUACAGUGGGCAAUUGCAGCCCAAUGACAGUCAGGAGAAGGUUAUUUUAUAUACCAGCAUAUUGGCUGCGAUAUGUCGCUUGGAGCUACCGGGUUUCCAGAAGCCUCUGCUGCAGGCUUUUCGUGACAACAUUUGUUUACAGGAGCAUCUACGUCUGCUGUUGGCCAAAUUGUUUUGCAAGCGCUUUAAAGAUAUGUGGAAACAGCAAGAGGAUAUGGAGCAUUUAUUGGAAAACAUUGAAUUGUUAUUUAUACAAAGCUAUAGCACGAAAACUACUGACGUUGGUCAUGAUAGAGAACAGGAUAUGCUUAAAGACUUAUUGAAAAUAUUGGACAAAAGUGAUAACGACUUGGCCGUGUGUAAGAAGUAUAAAAAUCGUCUCAAAGAAAAUCUUCAGGGUCUUGUAAAUAAUGCCAAAAGUUCAGAAACAAGUACCUGGGAAAUAUAUCCUACAAUUGAUGAGCUAUUAAAUGAUGCAUCACAGUGUAAUGGUGAAGAUAUGACCAAAUCCCUCCUACCCGUCCAACAAUACUUGAACAGGCAUAUGCAAUUUCUUAAGGAAGAUUUUCUCUUGCCCCUGCGUGAAUGUGUUAAAUAUGUGAAGAGUAGUGCAUCCCAAUGUCCUGAUAAUUUCCAUCUCUUUGAUGAUGUUUUUAUUGUAUUGAAUGAACAAUUUCUGGAUGCAAAUCGUCAUGAACUGUUAUUUGUGGAUAUCCUUGGAAGUCGGCGGAAUUUAGAUGACGAUGGUAAUACGAAUAUACCGUGGGAGGUACAGGAGAAGUUGUGGAAAAUAAAAUCCGGCGCCUUGCUGUGUUUUACCACAUCCCGAGAUUUUGAUAAUCUGAUUUUGGCCACCGUCACCUACACCAGCCAGGAAUGCCUGAAGGAGGGAUAUAUUGGCAUUGAAAUAGCUCGUCAGCAUAAUAUUGGCAACAUCUAUAAAAGACCAUUGCUAAUGUUUGAAACUCCAGCCUUUUUCGAACCUUAUCACAAUGUUUUCAAUUACUUGAAAAAUUGCAAUUCAGCCGAAUUUCCCAUGAAACAAUAUAUUGUGGAUGAAGAGCAUCCCACCACGGCGCCCAAAUACUUAACAAACGAUACUCUAUAUCAAUGUAAUGGACAAAAAUUCCAUCCCUUAAGAGAGUCUCUCGAAAAAGAUACCCUAGAAUUAAAUCCCUCACAACUGGAGGCAUUUUCCAAGGCCUUAAAACAAGAGUUUGCAUUAAUUCAAGGUCCCCCAGGAACUGGUAAAACCUAUCUAUCCGUCCAGAUAGUUAAGACAUUAAUAGAGAAUGCCGAAACGCCGUUAAUUCUGAUUACCUACACAAAUGAGUCAUUGGAUAAGUUUUUGGUAAAGCUAUCGGCCUUUACAGAGAAUAUUGUUAGAUUUGGUAGCCAAACCAGAGAUCAACGUAUUGCCAAAUAUAAUGUCAAAGAUGUGGUUGAACAUUCACUGAUAAAUCCCAAAUUAAAGAGGUUAUACUAUCUCUGUAGCAUGGAAUUCAAGGAGGCUUUUGGUUAUCUGCAACAAAAGCAUCGGGAAUUUGAUGGCACGGACAAAUCUUAUGGAGAGAUUUUAAAGGCUCAAAGUAAACUGGCUGAGGUCAGUGAAAAACUAAGAACUCUCAAGACAAUGUUUCAAUACUAUGUGGCACGGGAGAAAUCUAUUAUUGGCAUGACCACAACUUGUGCAGCCAAAACGAAUUUUUUGUUUCGAUUGCUGAAAAGUAAAAUUGUUAUCUUUGAGGAAGCUGCUGAAAUUUUGGAAUCCCAUAUUGUGGCCUGUUUGACACCCCACACCCAACAUGUCAUUAUGAUCGGUGAUCAUCAACAACUACAACCAUAUACCUCAAAUUAUCAAUUGCAACAAAAAACCCAAAUGAACAUAUCUCUAUUUGAGAGAAUAUUUUGUAAACAUCCCAACCCCAUUGUUUUGCGUACCCAAUAUCGUAUGCAUCCGAAAAUUGCUGAUCUUCUGUCGAAUACAAUCUAUAAAGAUUUGGAUAGUGAUGAAAGUGCCUCUCACUAUCCAGCCAUAAGACAAAUGUCCACAAACCUAUUCUUUAUGAAUCAUAAUAAGCCAGAGGCCAAGGCCGAACAAGAUUCGUCCCUCUACAACCCAUAUGAAGUUACACAAGUUGUGCAAUUAUCAUUGCAUUUGGUACAAAAUGCUUUGUACAAUGUGGAGGAUAUACAAAUUUUGAGCCCCUAUGCAAGGCAAAUUGAGAUGAUACGGAAGCAGUUGCAACAACAUCCUUCUUUACAAGCCCUUAAAGCCUGCACCGUUGAUAGUUUCCAGGGUUUGGAGUGCAACAUUGUUAUACUGUCAUUGGUGCGCAGUAACAGUACAUCUCAAAUUGGUUUCCUGAAACAAAGUAAUCGCAUUUGUGUGGCCCUGUCACGUGCCAAGCAUGCCAUGUAUUGUAUCGGCAAUUUGGAUCUCUUAAGUCAGUGUAGUACCAUUUGGAAGGAGAUUGCUGAGAAAAUGCAAGACCACAAGGCCGUGGGUGAUAAAUUUCCCAUUGAAUCGGAAAACUACUUUUAUGAUAAAUAAGAAAGCAAAGAACAUAUAAUUGUAUUUAUUUGUAAUUAAAUUUUUGCAUAUCAACCAAACGAACAAAGAGACUGACAAAGAAAGCAAAUAUAAUAUUUUUGUCUGUUACAACAUACCCACCAAUUUUGUACUUACUCUUCUUUAGCUUGUUUAUAUUUAUGAAUGAAAGAUUUAUUUUAAUUUUUUCACAUUUUCAGUUUUUUAUUAGAUUUUUUCUUAUGAUCUUUUUGUUUGUCUUUUGAGAUGUAGAUUUUAUUAUUAUUAUUAUUAUUUAUUUUUUGUAAACGUAUUUCAUUUUUAUAUUUUCUCAUGUAAACUACAUUGUAAUGCUUAAAAACCAAAAGAAGGAGAGUAAAAGUAAAUAGUUUUUUUUUUAUUUAUAUUAUUUAUUGUUUCGUCUCAAUUUGUAUAUUUUUGUAUUACUUUAUUUAUUUAAAUAAUUUUAAAAUUUAUUUGAUUUUUGAAAGCAGACAAGAAUCAUUAUUUUAUUUGUAAAAAAUAACUUGUGACAAUGUUGACGAAAUGUAAUAAACAUUUAAGAAACCAUAACUGCUAAAGUACUAAAGAAGUUUGAUGUGGAAUCAAAGAACUAUUAGAAUGCCUAGGGAUUUUUAAAGUGACAAAAGGCCUUUUACAGAAAUGGCAUAUGGCGGACCUUCUGAAGAUCAAAGUGCAGGCAGAACAUAUUUUUCAGGCUUUUCUUUUUAAAUAAAAAACACGACCUUUUAAGUUUCUUAUUUAAACAAAUGAAAUGUUUCUAAUAAGAAUAAUGUUUAUUGAAGGCUUCCUAGAGGCCGAAAAAAAUUUGACGGCCUUAUUUAUAUUGAAGACCGUUAAAAAAUAUUCUCAUAAUAGAAAACUUUCAAAAAGUCUUCUAUACAUAGAUGACAUUUUAGAAGACUUAGACCCUUUAAGUUCCCAUAGGCCCUUUAAAUGUCCUAUAACUAGAAGGCCUUUCAAUGAUCUGCUAUAAGAAGAAUAUCCUUUAAAGGACUCGUUUAGAACUUUUUCUAAAAUCAGAAACAAUUUUUAAAUAUUCUAUACACAUAUAAGGUCAUCUAAAGACUGCUUCUAAUAACACUGUGCGACAAAUAAAAUCAGCAGAUUAGGAAAGUAGAGCCAAGUAAAAGAAGAUAUGUGUAUCGGCUUUUUUUGAAAGUUUAUAUCGCAAAGCAACCUAAAUAGUAAGAGCCUCUUGUGCCUCCCUUCACACUUUUUUAUACCCUCCCCCAUUCUAUGGUAUGUUAGCUUUGUCAUUCCGUUUGUAACUCCUCGAAAUAUUCACAAGAGACCCUACAAAGUAUAUACAGGGUGAGAUAAAAAAAUUGCAACCAACUUCAGACUGCUGUCAUUUCUAAGCCACUCGUCCGACAGCUGCUAAACAUAUUUCAGUGUUGUUUCGAAGCGUACAAAAGCAUUUUGGUGAGAAUUUUCCAGAAAACAAGUUAUUCGUG